UGCGGCCAAAAAGAACUCCAGCCGGUAAGAGGCGGCCUAACCCAGUCUGACCUUAUAGAAGCUUCAGCCCGCUUCUUUGCCCCCCUCCUACCACCCAAACUCCAAACCCUAGCUUCCUAGCCUACGCGUCCCCGAGCGAGCAUGGAUCGGAUCGUCGGUAGCAAGUACAAGCUGGGCCGCAAGAUCGGGAGCGGCUCCUUCGGGGAGAUAUAUCUCGCCACGCACGUCGACACGUACGAGAUUGUAGCCGUCAAGAUCGAAAACAGCAAAACCAACCAUCCCCAAUUGUUAUACGAGGCUAAACUGUAUAAUGCUCUUCAGGGAGGGACUGGUAUUGCAAACAUAAAAUGGUGUGGCAUUGAUGGCGAAGAAAAUGUUCUUGUUAUUGAUUUGCUUGGGCCAAGCCUUGAGGAUCUGUUUGUUUAUUGUGGCCGGAGAUUCUCACUGAAGACAGUUUUGAUGUUGGCAGAUCAGAUGAUAACAAGAAUAGAGUUUUUGCAUUCUAAGGGGUACUUGCACAGGGACAUCAAGCCCGACAACUUUCUUAUGGGCCUUGGUCGGAAAGCUAACCAGGUCUACAUCAUUGACUUCGGACUUGCCAAGAGAUACCGUGACUCAACCACGAAUCGCCAUAUACCCUAUAGAGAAAAUAAAAAUUUGACUGGCACAGCUCGCUAUGCAAGUUGCAACACUCAUCUUGGGAUUGAGCAAAGCCGAAGGGAUGAUCUGGAGUCCAUUGGAUAUGUUCUCUUGUAUUUUCUAAGGGGAAGUCUUCCUUGGCAGGGUUUAAAAGCUGCCACAAAGAAGCAGAAAUAUGACAAAAUAAGUGAGAAGAAGCUUUCAACACCUAUCGAGGUUUUGUGUAAAACCCAUCCUGUGGAAUUUGCUUCUUAUUUCCACUAUUGUCAUUCAUUGACAUUUGAUCAACGGCCAGACUACGGUUUUCUGCGACGGCUCUUCAGAGACCUGUCGGACCGUGAAGGGCACCAAUUUGAUCAUGUCUUUGACUGGACAUUGUUGAAGUGUAAGCAAACCCAGAAGGUGAAGGCUCAACAGCAAGAUCCUGGUGUAAGUAGCAGGCCGGUUGCAAAGAAUAUGGACAAACACCAAGUUAGUGGUUUACAUGCAGCUGAAGCUUCUUGUCAGCUUGAAGCAGAACAACGCCCAGUAAUCAGAAUGCAAAUAAGAUCUACUGCUGAGAACAGCCGUUCAAAUAAUCAACAUUCUGAUAAAUUGAGAGUGAGUGCUAGCACUGAUAAGGAAUUGCUGCAAUCAACAUCAUUUGGCCAUGCUGGUGCCCCAAGGAAGAACGUAUCAAUCUCCAAAACACCAUGGCUUGUCGAUCCCAACUCAGGACCUUCAAACCACCUUUAGCACUCAGAUCAGUUGGUUCCUAUGUUCAUGCCGGUCUAUUUAGUAACCAUUGACAGGGGAUACCGUGUGCCCCGCCAAACAACGAGCCCUCACUCCUGGACUUGUGGCAAUCGGCACGACAAUCCGCCCCAACGCCCAUGCGCAAGGGCCUGGGUACCAUGACCCUCCUCGUUCCCUGGAUGAUAUGGAAGCACCGCAACGACUGCGUCUUCAACGGAGCGCGCCCAUCGGUGAACGCCCUGCUAACGAAGAUAAGGAAGAGGCCUCCCUUUGGGCAAGCGCAGGCGCACUAGGGCUCAGAGCCAUUACCCCCAGACAUGGGAUGUCCAUUAAUUCGAAAGCUGUAUCCGCCUCCUAGGAGGAAUGUAACUACAACUCUCUCUUUUCAAUGAAAUGAAACACACGCUCAUGCGUUUUCUUGAAAAAAUAAUCUUACAAAGGCUUAUAAAUUGGGCUAUAGAUGCAAUUUUGUGGUUUUGUAAAUAAUGCUGAUGUACACGCACCUGGCAUUUUAUCAUUGGAAUUUUUCUUAUUUGGAAAAUAUUCCUUUUUAUUGAAUUUGCGAGGUUUUAAGCAUGAUGGCAUAAUAAUGCCCUCAUGGAACCUACUUCUGGCUUUCAAACCUUUUCUUCUUUGCUAUAGCAAUUUCAUAUUUUCAGUGUCUCUGUAACCUAUUUUGGUGAUGACUAGGUUCACUCUUUUCUAUCUCCUAUUGUGUCUGUUAGGUUAUCAGGCUAUGGUUUCAGCUGAUAAUCCAAAGGCAACAUGUAAAUUUUAGGUUUCUAAGUUGUCCUCUCUACUAGUAGAAUACGUGGUUGAUGUGAUGAUGUGAAUUCAACACCACUUAUCACGUAAGCAGUCAAGAAGUUUGUUCUUCCAUAUUAUUAUGUGCAUAAUAUGUGGAAACUUAGGAUUGUUGAUACUCUUUUUUUGUGUUCUACAUGAGUGUUUAUAUCGUCAGCAUCAUCUGGGCUCAUUGCUUCAGGUUCUCUGCCAACUAAUAUCAAUGGCGCUGUUUGCUUAAAAAGAGCUUGGGGACUCUUGUACAACUUUAACUUUAAUUAUGAUCAGCGCCUGUGUGAUAAUGUUUGCUCCUUUUGGCACCCCAGUGUUAUCUCCUUCUGAACUUUUAGCUGGUUUGACUUUCAAGUCCACUUGAGUUGCUAUUUAAUGUGCUGAAUUAUAAGUUAUCGGGAUUGGGAUUCUUACGAAAUAUUUUUUUUGCGCCAGAUGCUUUUAGUUUGCAAGCUGACAUUGAACAUAUAAAUCACGCUAGAGUGCCCGCUCAUCUGGAGGCAUCGUAGCGCAUGUGCAAUCUGGUUCGCUCGAUCUACCAUGCUUGUACGGUUUUACGGUGCUGUAAAAAAUCUGGUCGUUGGUUGCUCUGCACGUUGUGGUUUCAGCCUCCUAUGAAUGACAUGUGGGCCUCCUUUGCCCACGGGCCUAGCUCUGUGGUGUAUCUCACGUGCAUCUUUGGUGAGAAAACUGGCGGGCUGCCACAAGCGGAUUAGGCGAAUCCAACCCUGGUGGGUGGAUUGACGAAGAAAUAUCUCCCUCGUAGCCCCUCUCUCUCCCUCGUCUCUUCUCACCCCCCCUCCUCCCCUCCGUGCCGCUGCCUCGGAUUCCCCCCUCCCUCUCGGCCGCAAGCGCCGGCGCCGACAUGGUAUGGAAGCGGCUGCCACGUAUUCUCACCCCACGUUCCCGAUCUGGAGAGGGAGGGAAAUACACGGCCACAUGUGCGUGCGCCGUCGGGAUGUUUCUUGAGGGUAGCAUCAACCCUUGUAGGCACUGUGCUAGCAGCAGCAGCAGGCCUCAGUGCCGACGAAGGGAUGGCACAUGGCGCCGUCGUCGUCGAUCUAGGUAGAAGGGCAAGCCAAGAUGAACCUCUCGCAUUAUCUAGGAAGUUGUCAUGGAAGACGCCGAAGAAAAGUCCAUAUGCAGGAAUUUUGAUAGAGAUGGAGAACUGGACGUGCUUUGUUUCCUUGCCUUGACCGCAUCUAAUUUUGGGGAAAAGAGAGAGGAAUUUGAGAUAGGUGGACAACCUGAAGAUCUUUGAACGUUCAGGAGCAGCCAUAUCCUCAGUGCUAUGCCAGCCUCCUCGCCACUACUGUCAUGUGGAUGUGACUAUUGUUUGGCUGCUGGUGAGAUGGGCAUAGUUUCCUCCGGGUUCAUGCAUCGUGAUGGUAUUCGAACAACACCUUAAUUGGCCCAAGAAAAUUUAGGACUGUCGGAUGAUAAACCAAAUUUUUUGUUUCAUGUACUAUCAUCUCACGUUCUAAUUUUGGUGUUCUGGUAGGAAGGGAUCGGCUUUGGCGGUGUCCGGUGCUGGCAUGUCAUGUGAUUAGAGCAUAGGAAGCUAACAUGAUGUUUGGAACUCGGUGGUCAUGCUCAUUGACUAGAUGCUGCGCCUCAUGUCACCCCGGGCGUCGAAUUGCUUGAUAGCAGAGCUCACGGAGUAAAAAUAUGUCUGCAAGUACUUGUUUGCCAUAUGCCUGCCCACUCCUCCGUCUCAUCAAGCUUUCUUUUAUUUCUCUAAAUUUGUUGUGUGCAUGUAUGUGAAAAAAUAACAGGAAUAGGCCAUGCUAAGGCUUUGGCAAAGAACAUUCUUUCCCUUGCUUAUGAAAAUUUUGGUCCUUUAAUAUUGAUUCCAUAAUUUGUGAUUAAUAAAUGUUGUUGGUAUUUGA